AUGGUCACAAUUCAUAAGUCACAGAUGUACCCUCAAACAACCAUGGCCGUCCAGCCACAUAGUGCUGAAAGAAGGUUCAAAACCAGCUGUCCAUAUUGGGUUAACAAUAUGGUUUGCACCACAAAGAAAGAUGGCAGUCUAUGCAUAUGUCUAGAUCCAAAAUACUUGAACAAAGCUACAAAGAGAAGGCACCCCAAGACGCCUAUGCAAGAUGAAAUCACACACAAGUUUGUCGUUUCAAGAUUUUUCAGCAAACUUGAUGCAGAGUGGCUAUUGAUGUUUUCCAUAAAAAGUAAAAUCCUUAAAAACUGCCCUGGUAUUAUUACCAUUGCUGAUGAUGUAGUCGUGUUUGGGAAAACUGAAGAGGAGCACGACACAAAUCUCCAUAAUCUCUUCAAGAUAGCCAAGGAGCAAGGAUUAACUUUCAACAGUGCAAAGUGCAUGAUCAAGUAG